UGCAAACUAUUGUGCCUCGAACCCAGGGCUAUCUAACGAAUCCGCAGUUUUCUCAGCGCGGGAAGUCCUCUGCUGAAAUCGGCCAGCAGAGUCGCGGGGCUAGCCAAAGAGCCCAGCGGUCGCGCCACCAUGAGCUCCGGUCGUCCGCGUCACCGCGGUCGUCAUGGCAACUAUGAACGGCGUCAUGUGGAGUCGGCUACGCCUCAGGCGGCGUCAGCUGACGCUGCUGAGAGCAGCUCGCCUGUGGUGCAGAUGUUCCGCGAGUUCGCCACCCACCUGGACAACAAGCACGACCGCUACGAGCGGCUGGUGAAGAAGAGCAGAGACGUCACCAUCGAGAGCAAAAGGAUCAUUUUCAUGCUGCACAGGGUCUCUAAGGACGAGCAGAGUGCGGCGCUGCUGGAGGAGGCGGCGCAGCGCUUCCGGCACCUGGAGAACACCGCGCUGCGCGAGAUCGCCCAGGAGCUGCGCGGCCAGGACCCGUACAUGUUCAUCAGGGCCAUCAGUCCAGGACUGCAAGAGUACAUCGAGGCGCUGUCAUUCUACUACUACCUGCUGCAAGACCGCCUGAUCAGCUGGGCCGAGGCGCAGGCGCACUUGACCUACCCGCGCCCCGCCGCCGCGCAGGCCGGCGCUCGAGGCCCUGACGGCGACAGGCCGGCGGCGGACACGGAGCCGGAGUCGGCCGAGCUGGUGAAAACCGUCGUGGCGGAGGCGGGUGAGGCGCCAGCUGACCCUGAUGCGCCGGCCCUGAGCCUGCUGCUGCCCUACCACGAGUACGUGCUGGGCAUCGCCGACCUGACCGGGGAGCUGAUGCGCAAGUGCAUCAGCUCGGUCAGCUCCGGCGAGCUGGAUCAGUGCUGGCGGCUGUGCGGCUUCCUGCGCACCAUACACGAGGGCUUCAUUAACAUAGGGAACACGGGACCACGCGAGAUCACGCGCAAGCUGAGUACGCUCCGCCAGAGCGUGGCCAAGGUGGAGAACGCCUGCUACCAGCUGAAGGUGCGCGGCGAGGAGAUCCCUCGCCACAUGCUGGCCGACGUGUUCUCGGCCGGCGACGACUACCCACCGCCGCCGCCCAACGACGACUACGCUGGGAAUUAGGCGUCGCCAACUGCUACCCGCCGCCGCAGGACGACUACGCUGGGAACUAGACUGGAGCGGCUACCCAUCGCCGCAGGACGACUACACCGGGGACUAGACUGUAGUGGCUACUCGCCGCUGCACAACGACUACGCCGGGGACUAGACUGUAGUGGCUACCCUCCGCUGCACGACGACUACGCCGCGGACUAGACUGUAGCGGCUACCCAUCGCCGCAGGACGACUACGCCGGGGACUAGACUGUAGUGGCUACCCGCCGCUGCUGGACGACUACGCCGGGGACCAGACUGUAGCGGCUGCCCAUCGCCGCAGGACCACUACGCCGGGGACUAGACUAGCGGCUACCCACCGCCGCAGGACCACGACGCCGGGGACUAGACUAGCGGCUACCCACCGCCGCAGGACAACUACGCCGGGGACUAGACUGUAGUGGCUACCCGCCGCUGCUGGACGACUACGCCGGGGACUAAACUGUAGCGGCUGCCCAUCGCCGCAGGACCACUACGCCGGGGACUAGACUAGCGGCUACCCGCCGCUGCAGGACGACUACGCCGGGGACCAGGCUGGAUAGGCUACCCGCCGCUGCACGACGACUACGCCGGGGACUAGACUGUAGUGGCUACCCACCGCUGCAGUACGACUACGCCGGGAGCUAGACUGUAGCGGCUACCCGCCGCCGCAGGACGACUUCGCCGGGGACUAGACUAGCGGCUACCCACCGCCGCAGGACGACUACGCCGGGGACUUGACUAUAGUGGCUACCCGCCGCCGCAGGAUGUCUACGCCGGGGACUAGACUGUGGUGGUCGCCCGCUCGCUGCUGCCAAUGCGUUGGGACUGCCCGCUCCUCGCCCGCGCUAGCCAGUAAGGCUGUGGUGACUGUUCAGCAGAGUACCGCCGAGGUUGCCCCAGGCGUUGUCACGCUUGUGGAUACGAUCGCGGUGAUGGUGCGCCCGGGUAUGGCCCGUGCUGUGGUGACUGGACCCUCCAGUGAUCACAUGCUGCAGUGACGACUCGCCGACAGCGAGCGGCCGAAGAGCCGCUAAGCGGCGGAGCGGUGCCCGCCUGGCGCGCGACUGCCUCGGUGGCUUGUAUGCGCCGGCCGCCCGGCGGGGUGAGGGCCGCGCGCCCAGCAUCGCGACGCUGGGGAGAAGCGACGGCGCGGCCCGAGCGGAGAGGGGCGGAGCGCGCCGAGCGGCCGUGGUGAUUGGUUGACGUGAGUCGAAGCGACCAAUCGCGUGUCCCGGCGCGGCCCGGCCAUCAGCCGCUUACCCCAAGCAUGUGAUAGCCUUGCGCGGUCUCACCAGGGGCUGUUCGUUUAGUAGCGUCAGUUUUGUGAUCAUUUGUUCGGGCACGGGGCGGCCCCGCAGCCGAGCGAUGUGUCGUACGGGAUCAGGACGCGGCGUCGUCCCGCCUUGUUCAGUUCUGACAUCACUUCCGAAGAACUGGAUUUGGUCGUGCUGUCAAGUGCCCGAGUGAGUACAGCGGUGCCGCCCGUAGUACGGCUUUUUGAAGAGCUCCACUGUCGUGCGAGAUUUUGAUGGGAUAGUGCGAUUUGUUGGUUCUGUCGUGUGCUCCUCGCGAAACUUUCUACCGUUUUGUCUCGUAUGUGUCGAGCGCGGCUUAUUCAA